UGCUUCAAAUUGUAAGUUGGCGCUCAUUUGCAAGACUCGUAGUUUAGCGGAAAGCUCGGUUCUCUCGUUUCUGAUUACUGCAAAGAAGAAUGGAAGACGAAGGUGGCGAAAGGUCGAGCAUCGUGAUCGGCUUGAUUGAGAACAGAGCGAAGGAGGUUGGAGUUGCUGCAUUUGACAUGAGAUCAGCUUCACUGCAUCUCUCUCAAUACAUUGAAACUAGCAGUUCGUAUCAAAAUACAAAGACAUUGUUGCAUUUCUAUGAUCCGAUGGUAAUCAUUGUCCCUCCGAAUAAGAUGGCGCCUGAUGGUAUGGUUGGAGUCUCAGAGUUGGUGGAUAGAUUUUAUUCAUCAGCCAAGAAGGUUGUAAUGGCCCGUGGUUGCUUUGAUGACACCAAGGGAGUUGUACUGGUUAAAAGUCUGGCAGCCAAGGAUCCAUCUGCGCUUGGUCUAGACACUUAUUACAAGCAAUAUUAUCUAUGUUUGGCUGCUUCUGCAGCUACUAUCAAAUGGACAGAAGCAGAGAAAGGGGUAAUUGUUACGAACCACUCAUUGUUGGUCACCUUUAAUGGCUCAUUUGACCAUAUGAAUAUCGACUCUACUAGUGUACAGAACUUGGAAAUCAUUGAGCCACUACAUUCAACCCUUUGGGGAACAAGCAACAAAAAAAGAAGUCUAUUUCACAUGCUUAAGACGACGAGAACUAUUGGAGGUACCAGACUUCUCCGUGCCAAUCUUUUGCAGCCUUUAAAAGACAUUGGGACUAUCAAUGCCCGUCUUGACUGCCUGGAUGAAUUGAUGACCAAUGAGGAGUUAUUUUUUAGUCUCUCACAGGUCCUUCGUAAGUUUCCAAAAGAAAGUGAUAGGGUAUUGUGUCAUUUCUGCUUCAAGCCGAAUAAAGUCACAAAUGGGGUCUUGGGAGUAGAAAAUGCUAGAAAGAGCCAGGUGUUGAUUUCAAACAUUAUCCUUCUCAAGACUGCUUUGGAAGCACUGCCCUUGCUCACCACGGUGCUUAAGGAUGCAAAAUGUUCUCUUCUUACGAACGUUUAUGAGUCCAUUUCUGCAAAUGAGAAAUAUGCCGCCAUAAGGAAAAGAAUCAGUGAAGUGAUUGAUGAAGAUGUACUUCAUGCACGGGUUCCUUUUGUUGCUCGUACACAACAAUGUUUUGCUGUAAAGGCUGGAAUUGAUGGACUUCUGGAUGUCGCUCGGAGAUUGUUCUGUGAUACUAGUGAAGCCAUACAUAGCCUUGCAAACAAAUACCGUGAAGAGUUCAAUCUACCAAAUUUGAAAAUUCCUUUCAAAAGUAGGCAGGGGUUUUACUUGAGCAUUCCACAGAAGGAUAUAAAUGGAAGACUUCCCAGUAAAUUCAUUCAGGUCCUCAAACACGGGAACAACUUACAUUUCUCAACUCUUGAACUUGCUUCUUUGAACGUUAGGAACAACUCUGUGGCUGCAGAGUGCUAUACGCGAACAGAACUUUGUUUGGAAGCACUAAUUGAUAGCAUAAGAGGGGAUGUUUCUGCGCUCACCCUUCUUGCCGAGGUCCUAUGUCUUCUAGACAUGAUUGUAAACUCAUUUGCUUAUACAAUAUCCACUAAGCCUGUUGAUCGUUACACUAGACCAGAAUUUACAGAUAAUGGCCCAUUGGCAAUUGAUGCUGGCAGGCAUCCUAUUCUGGAAACCAUACACAAUGACUUCAUUCCUAACAGUAUUUUCCUUUCCGAAGCAUCCAAUAUGGUAAUCGUCAUGGGUCCAAACAUGAGUGGAAAGAGUACUUAUCUUCAACAAGUGUGUCUUUUAGUCAUACUUGGUCAGAUUGGUUGCUAUGUUCCUGCUCGCUUCUCCUCUCUAAGAGUGGUUGAUCGAAUAUUCACACGAAUGGGAACAGGGGACAACCUUGAAUCCAACUCUAGUACGUUUAUGACUGAGAUGAAAGAGACAGCUUUUGUCAUGCAGAAUGUCUCCCCCAGGAGUCUGAUUGUUAUGGAUGAACUUGGGAGGGCUACUUCUUCUACUGAUGGAUUUGCAAUUGCAUGGAGCUGUUGUGAACACUUGUUAUCACUGAAAGCUUAUACAAUAUUUGCAACUCACAUGGAAAACCUGUCUGAACUAGCAACGAUUUACCCAAAUGUGAAAAUUCUCCAUUUUGAUGUUGAUGUACAAAACAAACGCCUGGAAUUCAAGUUUCAACUCAAAGAUGGGCCACGACAUGUGCCACACUAUGGGCUCCUAUUGGCUGGAGUUGCAGGACUACCGAGCUCAGUAAUUGAAACAGCCAGAAGAAUCACAUCAAGGAUAACAGAAAAGGAAAUGAGGAGGAUGGAAGUGAACUGCAUGCAAUAUCAUCCAAUUCAAAUGGCUUAUCGUGUUUCUCAGAGACUAAUAUGCUUGAAAUACUCCAACCAAGACGAGGAUUCAAUCCGACAAGCGCUGCAGAAUCUUAAGGAGAAUUAUGCUGAUGGGAAGGUAUAAUUGUCUUCAUGGUACAAUGGAGGUAAGAAGGCUAUAUUGAGCAAAUUUAAUUAGUAAUGUUAGCAACAAGAUGACUAGCGUAAAAUGCAAGAGUGUA